UGGCCUCAAUCCUCAUCCUCAAUCCUCCAUCCAGACAGGCCCAAAAGCAGAACUGAGAGGAAAGCGAUCGGAAUCUACAGCGAAGAGGCGAGAGGGAUCGAAUCUACAAAGACCUCAUUAAAAGGGAAAUGAGAGGGCCGAAGAGCUCCGCCGCGAGCCGGCGGCCGACCAUCAUUCUUCUCUUCGGCGUGGCCCUUAUCUUUUCGGUCCUCCUCGUCUCUAUCCAGUCCUCAUUCUUCGCAGGGAAGAGAAAAUAUGAUACAAAUAGGGAGGAGAUUAGUAUGCUCUCGGAUUUCCAGUCACGAAUUCAACAAUGCGUGGCAAACAGAGGACUUGGCCUCACUGCAGACAUUAUUGAUCACUGUAGAUUGAUCCUUAAAUUUCCUGAAGGCACUAACAGUACCUGGUAUAAUGCACAGUUUAAAAUUUUUGAGCCGUUGGAAUACCAGUAUGACGUAUGUGAAGCUAUUCUACUGUGGGAACAGUACCGUAAUAUGACUACCAUCUUGACAAGAGAAUACUUGGAUGUCCGACCAGACGGUUGGUUAGAUUAUGCAGCAAAAAGGAUUGCACAGUUGAAUGCAGAGAGAUGCUACAAUCGCUCUCUUUGUGAGGAGCACCUUAACUUGAUUUUACCAUCAAAGCCUCCUUUUCAUCCACGACAAUUCAGAACAUGUGCUGUUGUUGGGAAUUCAGGGGAUCUCUUGAAGACAGAAUUUGGGCAAGAAAUUGAUGAACAUGAUGCAGUCUUUAGGGACAAUGAAGCUCCGGUUAAUGUUAAAUAUGCUAAACAUGUUGGCCUGAAACGGGACUUCCGUCUUGUAGUAAGAGGAGCUGCUCGAAACAUGGCUGCCAUUUUAAAUGGAUCUUCAGAUGAGGUGCUUAUAAUUAAAAGUGUGACGCAUAGAGACUUCAACGCUAUGAUAGAGAGUCUUCCUAAUCCAGUUUAUCUUUUCCAAGGAAUAGUGCUACGAAGGGGUGCUAAAGGAACUGGAAUGAAGUCUAUAGAAUUGGCUCUAUCCAUGUGUGAUGUAGUGGACAUAUAUGGUUUCACUGUGGAUCCUGGUUAUACAGAAUGGACGCGGUACUUCUCCUCACCAAGAAAGGGGCAUAAUCCAUUGCAGGGAAGAGCCUAUUAUCAGUUGCUGGAAUGCCUUGGUGUUAUAAGGAUUCAUUCUCCUAUGAGGGCUGAGAGGAUUCAAGAUUGGUCUGAUUUGCCAAGCAAAGAGAGCAUAAGGCUUGCUCAUGGAGCUGCUCUUCGCUUGAAGAAGAUUCAGGCAAGAGGAGGUCCUCUUCAGCUCGGACCUUUCACCAACUGCAAAGUUUGGGGCACCGUAGGCAGAGAUAAUGCUGGUCCUGUCUCGGGAUCUCCUCACAUGAGUUAUACGAGGAAGAACUCAAAUUAUAGCAAAUGGGAGCUUCUGCCAUUUGAGAACCUAAGAAGGGAGGCUCAGGAACAUUAUUUGCAAAUGGGCAGUGUAUCUCUGUACAAGAUGGAUGGCAACAAAUUGGAUGAUCUUGUCUGCGUCAAACAUGAAUGAUUUUCCAUCAAGAGCUUCGACAAUGAUGCUGAUGACUUGAGCUUUUACUAGUUUUUGUAAUUGAGGCGACUUUGAACGAGCUCAUUUGUUAUUUUGCUUGCCUCAUUCUGGAAAUGGAAAAAUUAUUAUGUGCCGAGACCGGAUGGCGAGAACUGUCUAAAUUUGUUGCCCUUUGGCUGCUUUUUUUU